GUAGUGGCUGAAGUAGAGCGCUGUCGAGGUGCGGGGGGAUUUUCCCUGGCUUGUCUUUCCCCCCUUAAAGGAGUCAGGGUGCAGCCUACUGGGACGGUCCCGGCGGGUGGAAGCACGCCUCUCGGUACCUCCGAUAGGGUCAGCCGGACUGCGCUGAGGGCCGAGGAGCGGACGCACCGCGGGGAAGGCAGAGAUCGGGAGCCACCGGUACCACAGCUCUUUUGAAGGUGUUGUUGGUCAGCUGGGUAGCUGCAUGUUUGAGGCCACGCCCAGAAAUGGAACCCUGGCCUGUAUUGGCCUGGGUCCUGCUCCUGGCUUUCGUUGCUGAUUGGGUGAAAUCUGUCCAGUCACGGGACUUCACGGUGAAGGACAUCGUCUUUCUCCAUCCUUCAACAACUCCCUAUCCAGGGGGAUUCAAGUGCUUCACAUGUGAGAAUGCACCGGAUAACUACGAAUGCAACCGCUACGCCCCAGACGUCUACUGUCCACGAGAGGCCCGGUACUGCUCCACGCGCCACCUAAUGGACGAGCAGGGAGCGAGCAUCUCUGUGACGAAGCGCUGCGCGGUCCUGGCAGACUGCCGCUCCCCUGGCUGUUCCGGCGCCGCCCGCCCCGGACACCAGCCGCAGGUCUGCACUUCCUGUUGCGAGGGACACAUCUGCAACAUGCCGGUGCCGCUAAACGAAACCGAGGCCAUUUUCAGCACCACCUCGCCGCUGAACCGCGCACAAUGCACCUCGCGCCGGCCUGCGGCGGUCACCUGUUUCACCGCCGUCGCCUCGGCCCUCCUUUUAAGUCGCAUCUAGGAAGCAAAGCCACAAGAUGCAGCGGCUUAGCGGUCACAUAACAGUAUUACAUUACGUUGUGUUUUUCUAAAUCUCCUGACUGUUUAGCCCCGUCAGUGUGUGGUUCUAACUAGGUCACGCCCUAGUAGAUUUUGGGUGCCAAACUAAGUACAGGUUGUGUUCUGUGUAACAUACUGUAUGUAUAUAGUGUAUUUAUUUUUGUACAGUAUGCUAAUGCUAGAGUUAAAUUAUGCUAGCAGUGCAAGUUAAAGCACUUAGCAACUGAGCACCUAACUCUGCUCCCCCCACUUUUUAUACUUAAAUGUAUGUGUAUUUACAUGUGUUAUUUGCAUGUGUACAGGGGGUGCCGUGGGGUAUGCAGAGCCCUCAGCCUGACCACAGGCCUGCAGCACUGUAGCUAAGAGCUGGCAGCCGAUUUUUAGCUUAUAAUUGUAUUUUCAUAUUUGCUGUGCAGACGUGUUGGGACCCCUGAAAUGCAAGGGCCAUAAUGGGUUGGUGCCCCAUCCUGGGUUGUUCCCUGCUUUGUGCCUGUAAGUUCCUGGAUAGGCUCCAGACCCCCACCACUUAGUAAAGGACAAGUGGGAUGGAUGGAUGGAUGGAUGGAUGGAAGGAAGGAAUGUGACAAUUCUGCUUAGGCUAUGUCUAAAUUUGAAAUCUGCAAAAUCAGCCAUGUUGGGGGCAUCCUGUGUUACUGAAAGUGACUCUACAUUACUAUGGAUAGUUAUAUGUGCAUGUUAAUCUACAUUCGUUUGGUUAUGUGUACAGUUACAUGUAUUGAACGGUUUCCUUGGCACAGCCCCAGCUGUGCUGGUGGGAGGAUGUUGAAGACGGCGCGCCCUGUCACGCCGCUGCCCCCUGCGUUUUGGACUUUCCUUCCUUCCUGUGGUUGAAAUGCAGAUCUUGCUAAAAGUUGCCUGUUGUCUGUGUGGCCAGCCGCUUUGUUUAGGCUGGCAGCCCAUAGAUAUGAAAAUGCACUUAUCUGUCAUAAUGCUAAGCCGAUAGCCUUUUAGCCCCAGCUACUGUAAGUAAGCACCAUCCACCAAUCAAGAAACGGUGGGGGGGAUGUUGCGUUUCACUCCUGCUGGCUGAUUUCCAAACAGUAAGGGGGGUAACCAACCCAAGUUGUUUCACUCUCUCUCUUCUUUGCACAAGUUAAUGCUGACCAUCUGUUAAACCUUAGUACCCAGUAUAAACCUGAAUCUUGUUAAAAUUAGAAGCAGGAUUGUACCAAGCACUGCAUUCUGUAAACAUUACUGUACAUAUUGUACUGUAAAUAUUGCAUGUCAUGUAUAAAUAUACAUAAAAUGGAAUAUUUGAUUUGUCACAUGUGAUAAAUGUUAAUGCAGCACAAACUGAA